ACGCGGAGAGCAGCGACAGACAGCGACACGACAUGCCCUCGACCAGCGCUCCACCGACGCUGCUCCAGGCGCUCACCGCCAUCUGCACGCGGGCGCUCGAGGCCAGCUUCCCCGGCAUCAGCUGCGCCAUCCACGUGGCGCCCAGCACCAAGGGCGCGCACUAUCAGAACAACACCGCGAUGCCGCUCUUCAAGGCGCUCAAGGACGCGGGCCGCUCGGCCGAGGCGGCGAGCCCCAAGGCCGUCGCCGAGAAGCUCGCGGCGCAGAUGACCGCCUGCGACACCGACGGGCUGCUUGCGCGGUGUGAGGUGGCCGGCCCUGGCUUCAUCAACAUCUUUGUCGCGCCGGCGUACCUCGAGUCGACCGUCAACUCGAUCCUGCGGCACGGCCCGAUGCCGCCGCCCUGUGCUCCCAAGCGGGUGGUGGUCGACUUCUCCUCGCCAAACGUGGCCAAGGAGAUGCACGUCGGCCACCUGCGCUCCACCAUCAUCGGCGACACCAUCUCGCGGCUGCUCGAGUUUUGCGGCCACCGGGUCGACCGGGUGAACCACGUGGGCGACUGGGGCACGCAGUUCGGCAUGCUGAUCGGCCACCUGAAGAACGUCUUCCCCGACUACGCCACUAAGCCGCCGCCGAUCGGCGACCUGCAGCAGUUCUACAAGGACGCCAAGAAGGUCUUCGACGACGACGAGGCCUUCAAGAAGGUUGCGCACGCCGAGGUCCCCUGUCCCCGUCAGGCGGGCGACGCGGACUCGCGCUUCGCGUGGCGGCAGAUCUGCGAGGUGUCGCGCCGCGAGUUCGAGAAGGUGUACUCGCGGCUGCAGGUCGAGCUGGAGGAGGUUGGCGAGUCCUUUUACAACGAGUACAUCCCGCCCGUUAUCCGCCACCUCACCGAGAUCGGCGUCGCGCACGACUCGGACGGCGCGAUGGUCCUCUUCCCGCCCGGCACCAAGCACGAGCAGCCGCUCAUCGUGCGGAAGAGCGACGGCGGCUUCGGGUACGACUCGACCGACAUGGCCGCCGUCUGGUACCGGCUGCUCGAGCUGCAGGCGGACUGGCUCGUCUACGUGACCGACGCGGGCCAGUCGCAGCACUUCGAGCUCAUCUUUGCGGCGGCGCGCCAGGCGGGGUGGGUGGGCGACAAGCGGCUCGACCACUGCCCGUUCGGCCUCGUCUGCGGCGACGACGGCAAGAAGUUCAAGACGCGCUCCGGCGACGCCACGCGGCUGGUCGACCGACUCCUCGACGGCGCUUCUCGGAGCCUGCUCGGCACCUCCCUGUGGGACGCAGACGUGGCUGCGGGGAAGCUCGAGCCGUACACGGACGAGGAGCUCCUCGAGACGGCGCGCGUGAUGGGGUACGGCGCCGUCAAGUACGCAGACCUCAAGGGCGGCCGCGUCAACGACUACAUCUUCUCGUACGAGCGGAUGCUCGACGACAAGGGCGGCGCUGACCGCCCGCUCACCGCCCGCUCGCCGCGCCGGCGAGAGCGCAACACCGCUGUCUACCUGCUCUACGCCGGCGCGCGCCUCUCGUCCAUCCAGCGAAAGGCGGCCGCCACGAGCGGCGCCUCUGCCGCCGAACUCGUCGCCUCGGGCGCCGGCGUCGCGCUGAGCAUGCCGACCGAGCUCGAGCUCGCGCUGGCGCUGGCGCGCUUCGGCGAGACGGUCGAGUUCACCACGCAGACGCUGCUGCCCAACAAGCUCUGCGAGUACGUCCACGACGUGUGCGUCAAGUUCACCGCCUUUUACCUGGAGUGCAAGGUGAUCGAGGAGGACGCCGUCAACCAGUCGCGGCUGCUGCUCGUGCGCGCCGCGCAGCUCGUCAUCAAAAAGGCGAACGAGCUCCUCGGCAUCGGCUACGUCGACAAGGUCUAAUGCGGCUGCGCGGGUGCUCGCGGGCGGUGCUGUCGGCAGCUACUGGCUUUGGGCCUUUGGCGGUCUGGGAGGGGCGCGCGAGUGGCCGGCGGGGAGAGUCGCUCCGGCGUCUCGUUGAGUCUCCACCCGCCCAGUCGUCAACCAAGUACGGUACCCAGGUGUGCUCCGGCAGCCCGUGUGUGUGUGUUGAGCGGCCCAGUGGCGGUGGCCGAUUGGGGGCGCCGCGGUGGCACCUCGGUCCUCGUCGCUGAGUCAAGACCUUGCCGCUUGGGCUAGACCUUGCCGCGCCUUGCGGUGACGACCGCGGGGGCGCAGCUGCCAGAGCCGAGCGCUCCUGCGCCUCUCGCCGCCUGCAAGCCAUGCUGGUUGCUGCAAGGUGCAAGCUGCAUCGGCGCCGGCUGCCUGCCAGCGGCACCGGCAG